AUGGCGACCGCCGCUGCCCCCGACUCUUCGCUCCUCUCUCUCCUCUACCGCUCCUACCCUAACGUUAUCUCCCCCGAUGCCACCGAGCCCGAUUACCUCCACGCCACUCCCAAGAUCUUCUCCCAGACCUCUUACGGCGAGGCCGAGGAGGCCGAUGUCAAGCAAUGGCUCAACACUGUCACCGGCUUAAAGAAUGCUCUAGCCCAGGAUGAAAAGCCCGUGAUCGAGAGCAUCCUGGCUCAGCUGAACACCCACCUGGCCACCCGCACUACCCUGCUCGGCGCGAAGCCCUCGGUCGCCGAUGUUGCCAUCUACGCUCUGGUUGCCCCGCUGGUCGAGAAAUGGUCGCCUGAGGAGCGCACCGGUGAGAAAGGAUACCACCACAUCGUUCGUCACAUCGACUUCAUCCAGAACUCCAAGGUUUUUUCUCUGCAGAUCCCCGAGGAGGAGAAGGUUAUCAUUGACGUGGACGACGUUCGUUUCGUGCCCAAGCCCAUCGACCCCAAGGAGGAAAAGGAGCGCAAGAAGCGCGAGAAGGCCAAUGCCCAGAACCCCGAGGCUGCUGCCGAGAAGCCUCUUGUCGUUGGCCAAGGCAAGCCCGGCAAGGAUCAGAGCAAGCCCGCCGAGGCUGCCGCCAAGGAGAAGGCUCCCAAGGCUCCCAAGCCUGCUCCUGCUCCUGCUGCUCCCCCCUCGCCCUCAAUUAUCGACCUGCGUGUCGGCCACAUCCUGCGCGCUAUCAACCACCCCAAUGCCGACUCCCUCUUCGAGACCGGCAAGACUGUCCGUACUGUCUGCUCCGGUCUUAACGGCCUGGUUCCCCUGGAGGAGAUGCAGGGCCGCAAGAUUGUUGCUGUCUGCAACCUGAAGCCCGUGACCAUGCGUGGCAUCAAGUCCGCAGCCAUGGUUCUGGCUGCUUCUCCCCGUGUCCCCGAGGGCGGUGAUGCCCACGCCGGUCCCGUUGAGCUCCGUAUCACCUUCCAAGGCUGGUCCGAGGGUGAGCCCGAGAAGCAGCUCAACCCCAAGAAGAAGGUCUGGGAGACCUUCCAGCCUGGAUUCACCACCAACGGUGACCUUGAAGUCUGCUUCGAUAGCAGCGCUGUCCCCGCUGUCGCCGGCCAGGACAAGCCCGCCAUUGGAAAGUUGGCAACUGCCUCUGGUGUCAUCUGUACCGUCAAGUCCCUGAAGGACGCUACUGUGCGGUAA